AAUAAACAAAAUAAGUCUUAUUUAAACAAUUCAUCAAUAAUAAAUUGGUGAUCUAUUUUGAUAUUUUGUUUUUCUACUUGAAAUAAUUGUAAUGAAUCAUUUCAAAUUAUAACACAUUACAAUUGAACAUUGUACUAUUCAUAAAUGAAUUUGAUUGUGUUAAACAAAAUAAAAAACAUGUUUAAAAAAAAAUUAAAAUUUAAUAAAUCGCAUAUCAUAUUUGUAUCAACAAAAAAUUCUGAAGGUCAAUGGAAGAUUUGAGAACCCGGAGAGGAGCUGAUAUAGCUUCAGAUCACCACCUGGUUGUGGCCAAGAUGAGACUGAAACUAAAGAAACGUUGGACAACUAGACAAACAGCACUACAAAGGUUCAAUACAGCAUCCCGUCGAGAUACUGACAAGCUCAACGAAUUCAAGAUAACUCUCAACAACAGGUCCCAAGCUCUACAGGAUCUACUGAAUGAACACGAAACUACUUUGGAGGACAACUGGAAAGGGAUCGAAGAAGCACUAACUUCAACGUUUCAGGAGGUUCAUGGUCCUAAGAAGCAUCAACAUGAGGAAUGGAUUUCUAUGGGAACCUUGAACAAGAUUGAAGAAAGUAAGAACAAGAAACUGGCAAUCAGCAACAGCCGAACACGAGCAGAGAAAGUCAAAGCACAAGUAGACUACGGAGAAGCAAUCAAUGAAGUGAAGAAAAGCAUUAAAGCCGACAAGCAAAAAUGCAUGGGAGUACUAGCAACGACGGCGGAAAAAGCUGCAAGAGAAGGGGGUAUGAGACAGCUAUACGAUACAACGAAGAAAUUGGCAGGGAGAUAUAGCAAACUGGAGACCAGUCAAGGACAAGCAAGGAAAGACAAUCAUGGAGAUUCAAGAACAGAGGAAACGAUGGGUAGAAGACUUCAAAGGACUUCUGAAUAGACCAGCCCCAUCGAAUACACAGAAUAUCGAAGUAACACACACUGACCUUCCUAUAGAUGUCACUCCACCAACAAUCGAAGAACUCAAGGUGGCCAUCAGACAAAUCAAGAGCCAGAGAGCGGCAGGACAUGACAAUAUACCAGCUGAAGUACUGAAGUCAGACAUUGAAGUUACUGCAAACAUGCUUCACCAACUAUUCAAGAGGAUUUGGGAAGAGGAACAAGUGCCAACGACAGAUCAGAAAGAAGGAUACCUCAUCAAGAUACCAAAGAAAGGAGAUCUGAGCAAAUGUGAGAAUUACAGAGGCAUCACACUACUGUCAGUACCUGGAAACGUUUGCAAUAGUAAUGCUGAAUCGGAUGAAAGACGCAGUAGACGCCCAACUUCGAGAUCAACAGGCUGGAUUCCGUAAGGAUCGGUCGUGCACAGACCAGAUUGCGACACUACAGAUCAUCGUUGAGCAAUCAGUUGAGUGGAACUCAUCACUAUACAUCAACUUCAUUGACUAUGUGAAUGCGUUUGACAGUGUGAACAGGAGAGCAUUAUGGAAACUUCUUCAAUACUAUGGAGUUCCUGGGAAUAUUGUGAACAUUAUCCAGAACUCAUACGAUGGACUAAAAGUGGUGCAUGGACAGCUGACAUAUGCAUUUCCAGUAAGGACCGAAGUCGGACAAGGCUUUCUACUCUCCCUCUUCCUCUUUCAUCUGUUGGUUGACUGGAUUAUGAAGACCUCGACAUCCGACGAGAUGGACGAAAUACAAUGGAUAUCUCAGAAUCAAUUAGACGAUUGUGACUUCACAGGUGACUUAGCUCUUCUAUCCUAUACACACGAACAAAUACAGAUGAAGACAACAAAUGUAGCAGUAGCUUCUGCAUCAAUAGGCCUGAACAUACACAGAGGAAAAAGCAAGAUUCCUAAAUAAAACAUGGAAAACGCUAAGCCGAUCACACAUAAUUGAGUCACUCUGGAAGAUCUGGAAACAUUCACCUACCUGGGAAGCAUCAUUGAUGAACAAGAAGAAUCUGAUGCAGAUGUAGAGUCGAGGAUUGGCAAAGCAAGGACAGCAUUCCUACAAUUGAAGAACAUAUGGAACUCAAAACAACUCAACUAAUUUCAAAGUGAAAAUCUUCAAUACGAACGUCAAGACAGUUCUACUGUACGGAGCUGAAACGUGGAGAACUACUACAUUCAUCGUCAAGAAGGUACAAGUAUUUAUAAACAAUUGUCUACGUAAAGUAAUCAACAUUCACUGGCCGGAUACUGUCAGCAACAGCCUACUGUGGGAGAGGACAAAUCAGAUUCCAGCUGAGGAGGAAUUUAGAAAAAGGCACUGUAGGUGGAUAGGACAUAGAUUGUGGAAAUUACCAAACUGCAACACGAGGCAAUCCCUAAUUUGCAAUCCUGAAGGGAUGUGGAAAUGAAGAAGACCAAAUAAUAGAUUACGCCGAGAAUUGGAAGCAGAUAUGAAAAGGAUGAAUAACAAGUAGAAAUAACUGUAAAGCAUUGUCCAAGACAGGGUUGAAUGGAGAAUGUUGGUGGGCAGCCUAUGCUACUUUACGAGGGGUAACAGGCGUAACAUUUUCAAAUAAAGAAUCCUAUCGAUAUACUCUCUGAACGAGAAAGAUGCAUAGAUCGUCGACCAGCUUGGAUAAAAGCAAUAUGUGCAUUUCUUAUGGUAGGAAGCCAUUAUGGUAUACUUAAUGUUGGUGCUCUAUUCUACCCUGGACUAGAAGAGACAUUACAAGUUUCAAUUAGUCAUCUAUUUUGGCUUAUGACAGGACAAUUUGCAAUAACAUGUUGUUUAGCACCGAUAUAUAAUCGUUUAUUGGAUGUAGUCGCCACUAAAAGUGCUACUAUUGUUGCUGUAAUGAUGACCAGUAUUACAAUGAUUGCUUCUGUAUUCUUUAAUAGUUAUUGGGGAUUUUUCAUAAUGUAUACUUUACUUGGAGGCAUUGGAAUGGGAAUCAGUAUUGUUCGUAUAAUAGCUAUCAUGGCUGGAUACUUUGAUCGAUAUAGAAUAUUUGCUUUGGCUAUUUGUAGUAGCGGUGGUGGUUUCGGGACAUUAUUGUAUACUCUUCUAUGCAGUUAUAUGAUUGAAAAUUAUACCUGGCGUAUGGCUGUAAUUUCAUUAGCUUUAUUCCACCUUAAUGUAAUCCCUUUUAGUUUAUUACAUAAACCAUUACCUCCUGAACCAAUUCCAGAACCCGUUAUCUUACUACCUAAUGAUCCAGUAGCGUCUACAAUUUGUUUAAAAUCUGUUACAGGCCCACCAAAUACAAAUGAAUCAUUUAUAAGUACAACUGGUGGCAGCAUACUAACCAGCAUUGAUAAUAUCAUACAAAGAAAUAAAACAGAGACAAUACAUUCACGGAUAACCGGACAAGAUAUUAUUGGAGUUGUGGAGUUUGUCAAAAUUACCUAUGACAAAACUAAUUCAAAUCAGAUUACUGUUAGUCCAAUCAAUUUUGUAAACAACCCAGAACCACAUUUAUUAGAACGAAUACAGACAAUAGUUGAUGAUUAUUUUGAUAACGCGGAGAAUAUUACACCAGAAGCAACAUCAUAUCAUAGUCUCACUCUGUUUCUUCCAAUCAUAUUUUUAGUAUGCGAUCAGCUGACCGACUUUAAAACCAAUCUACCAGAGUCACAAUUUCUAGUUGAUAGUCGUUUAAGUGGAAUCGAUAAAUUAUUCACUGAUCAUAUUACUAACACGGGAUCAACUGCACUCAUCAAUUCACAAGCAAGUGUAAAACAAACACCUAGUGGAAAUAAAUCUACAACUGCAACAACAGCGGCUCAGACAAAAACAACAACAUUUUUCGGUGAUUCACUUACUUCGAGCGUAAUUCAAGCUCAUGAUUCUAAAUACACUGAAAAUCUAAUACGUGCAGUUAUUAAACGUGCUCUUGUCAAGGUAGAGGAAAUUUCAAAAGAGUUAACUUCAAAAAGUAUGGUGGUUCAUCCAAAACCACUUACUGUGAUCGUAGCGGAAAAAUGUAUUGAUUCGACGGGCCCGAAUUUCUCAUCAGAUUAUCGUUCUUAUGCCUUAAAGCAUGUCAAACCGACUGAAGAUACAAUUUAUGAGGAAAAUGAAGUUGAUUAUCAAACUGAUGAAAAUGGAAACUCUGAUAAUACACCAUCUACCAAAAAGUCUGCAUACAAUACUUCACAAAAUAAAAUGAUUUCAUCUGGACACCAUUUAGAGAAUUCACAUUUAAACUUGGAUCAUCCAAAGCUUUCAUAUGAAUCUCGAGGAUAUAUUGAUCAAAUGAUACGUAGUGGAACGACCAUUUACCAAAGUCAAGCUGUAAUGGUGCCAUUAUACAAAUGCAAAGACUUGCCUGGUAGAACGAGGCUUUUAUCGGUAACUUCAGUGGAUGGACCUAAAGAAGCUAUUGACUUACUAGUUUCUAAGAUAAAUGAUGAAAAUGUUGAAGAUCAAUGUGGUUAUGAAAUAAAGAAAAUGAGAAUGUCAUUCAUUAACUUAAAAAAUAUUCUUUUUCUCAGCUUCCUUAUCAAUCGUUCAUUAAGUUAUAUGGCUGAUUCCAUACUAUAUGGUCAUUUCAUUAAUUUUGGUAUAAGCAGUGGACUGAAGGAGGAAAAAGCCAAUGGUUUACUUGCCUAUGUCGGAUUAUCGAAUAUGCUAGGCAGAAUAGCAAUUGGACUUAUUGGACAGUUUUCGAGAAAAUUAGAUAUUCGUUUAUUUUCAGCCGCUUGUUUAUUCAUUAUAUCCAUACACACUAUCAUAAUGCCAUUCUAUCCAACCUAUUCAUCUUUAAUUGCCUAUGGCAUAUCUUACAGUAUUUUUAUAGGACCAAGUUUUGCAUUUUCACAUGCAAUGGUUAUUGAUAUUAUGGGUGACAAAAAGGUUGAUAGAAGUUUAUCAAUGAUUCUUUUUUUUGAAGCAACCGGUUAUUUAAUUGGUGGACCAUUAGGAGGUAUAAUCAAAGAUCAAACAGGAAAUUACGCAUGCACAUUUUUAUUCGCUGGAUUAUGUAAUAUUACUUCAGCUAUCAUCAUAACUGUCCAUGCAUUAAUCAAAUUUAAUCUAUUCAAAAGACUGAAACAAUGUUGUUGCAAGCAUAAUGAUUGAUUAUUACACUAAAUAACAAAUUAAUUUCUUAUCUAGCAAAUGAACAGGUAAAGUAAUAACUUUACCAUUUGGUAGUUUACUAGAAAAUAAGAAAUAAUAUCGCUUUAAAAAAAAAGAGAAUUACCUGCUCUCUUUUAUUUUUAUAUUGUUUGAUGAAUUAAAUCACGCUUAAAUUGUUUGAUUAUCCUUCACUUUCAAAUAUAUAAUGAAAAUUUUGUCU